AUGUUCCUCAUACGCCGCAAAGUUUUCAAAGGCAUCGGUGCUACAGUCGGCCUGGCCACUGAGAGCAGAUCGGCCAAGAAGGCGAAAAAGACCGAAGGCCAACAGCGUGACGAAGACAACCACGAUGAUCAGACCAAAACCGUGCACGUGCACGGCGUGGAGCUGCACGACAACGACAGUGUCUACUCUCGCGACAUCGACCAUGACCACGAAGAACACUGGGAGCUGGACGAAGCCCAGGACCAGCUGGUCGAACAGCGAACACCGGGCUGGGAAGAGUCCACGGACGAGGGCCAUCUCGCCGAAGCGUUUGCUGCGCAAUAUCCUCUUCCCCUCUUCGCCGAUCGCAAGUCCUCUCUCCCCUACCCCAUCGUCCUGCCUCAGCGUCGGCCCGGGGCCCGAGCCAGAGGCUUUGUGCGUGCGUAUCCACCCGACCUGAAUGCAUUCGGCAUCGACAAGGACAUGUUCCUCGACUUUGUCGACACAGCCAACCACGCAUGCAAGGGGCCAAAGGCGCUGGGAUUACUCAACCUGGCGCCACUGGCGUUGAUCCCCUUCGGUAUGGGGUUAAUCGGGUUUGCGGUGGGCGUGGCGAUGCAAAUUGCAACCACCACGGCGAUUACAAUGGAAGGGCGACGCAGAUCCAACAACUUCUUCGAUGUGGCCAAUCGCGAUAUCUUCAUGCCUCGUGGUCUGUUCUGUCUUGUCAUGACGUGGAAUCCAGACAUUGAUGACCCACACGUUAUCUACGGCUUGGAUGAAGCCAUUGACAAGGCGAUGCCCAAAGCAGGUGGGGGCUUUGAGAAGCUCAAACACAAAUAUGCAAAGUCCAGCGGCGAGUCUCAUGCCAACCAGUUCUUUGCUGAGAUUGCACCGCUCGAGUUUCCUGACCUGGACCGACUGGGCGAUGCAAAGACGAAGGAAAAGCAUAAGACAUUCAAGGAGCAUACGCAGGCAAAGUAUGAACGUGUCUCGGCAUACAAGGACAAAAGGGAGCAGGCGAAAUUCAACGCCGACCACCCAGACAGUGCUUUAACCCAUGGCCCCAAACCGGAAUUCAGCUCUCGCUACGCAGAUCCCAAACACCCAGCUAACGAAGGCUCUCCAAUUGCGCUGCUCACCGGAGGCCAUCUCACAGAAAAACAGAUCCUCAAGUACACCCCGACAGGCUUUCUCGCCAACCAGGGCUAUAAGGCAUAUAAAAAGCACCAGGAGGCAAAGACUCAGGCAGCAUCCACUGGAGACGCCGUCUAUGAGGAUAGCAGCUCGGGUGAUCCAAAAAAGAUGGUUUAUAACGAUCGUAUACACACGGCUCUGAAGGGGCUAAAGAGUAAAGUCGUAUAUUUGAUGAUUGUGAAUUUGCCCAGUAACGAGGAGCUGCGACAGGUGAGACAGGAGCUGGGCUUUGAAUGA